UCGCUAGCUCAGACUUGCAUUCUGACGUAUGACGUGAUCAUCUUCUAAAAAUAGUAUGGGAGUUCCUUGUUUUCAUAAAAUGGCCGUAACUGACAGCAGCAUCCCAUAGGCAUAGCAGACGUUGUUCGCGGUAAAUAAAACAUUUAAUUUCAGUUGAGCUUACAAUAAAAGCCGAAUCCAAAAGUUGUCACCAUGGUCAAACAACUCAUGGACAUGUGUAUAGGCUGCAUAGCCCAGAACCUUCACGCAAUCAGCAACGUUGGCAAGCACCUUCCCACAUUACAUAAAGAGAAGAUCCUACAAUGGGUUGUCGAUCAUAACAUGCUGACUGCACAAUACUUGCCACACGUCACGUACCAUCUCUUCUCACCGGCGCUGAGGUCCAUCUCGUUCAACGAAUGUGAACAGAUUACCGACAAGCUCCUUGUUCAGCUCGAUGCGUGCAAAUGUAAUCUUGAGUGUAUCAAGAUUGAAGGGUGUAAGGUUACAGAUGUUGGUGUAUCGGCUCUGCUGAGCCAUCAGGUUGAACUGCAGAUAUUGGUAUUGAAAGAUGUAGCUGAAAUGACUGGGACAGGGCUAGAAGUACUCAGGUCAAGGAAAUUAAAAGAAGUUGACCUCUCCCAGUGCAUGAACCUUAUAAACAAAAGCCUUGUACAACUCGUGACGAGAAAUCCAACAAUAUCAAGAUUGAAUCUAGGUUCCUGUUAUAAGGUCACUCAUGAGGUCAUCCCUACCAUCGCAGCAACUCUUUCUCAUGAACUUGAGCAUUUAGAUCUUAGUAGCAUUCACACCAUAGAAGAUGAAGAUCUUGUUGUUUUAUCACAGCAUUGUAAAAACUUACAAGGAAUCGUACUUCAUGGAUGUAAUAGAGUAACCAGAACAGGAAUUAUGGCACUGAACAAGGAAUGCACCAAGCUCCAGCUCCUCGAUGUCUCCUUCUGCUACAAGCUCCAGGAGAGCUCCAACAAGGAUUGCUUGACGGAGCUCCCUGUUAGUCUCAAGAACCUUGUCCUGUCUGGGCUUCAGCUAGAUGGUGGAGACAUCCAUGCAACAGUCUCUAGGUUACCCAAGCUAGACACUCUUAGACUAUGCGGGAUUAAUUCUAUUACUGAAGAAAGUGCUGUAAAGAUUUUUGAGACAGUUGGUCCCCAGCUGAUAAGUUUGGAUAUGACAGGAUGCCAUCAGAUCAUGACUGAUGAUAUUCUUAGACUCAUUGUCAAGAAUUGUAAAGCUCUAGAGGAGAUCUGUCUUGCAUUCUGUAUGAAGUUGACCGGUGAGCCGUUACGGAUGCUCUUCAGAGACGCUGAAAGGUCUGGCAAUCUGACGCUGUUCAGGGUGAGCGGCUGUAAAGAUCUAUACCAUGACAUCCUAUUGGAUAUGAGUAAAGCAUGUGUAAACCUGACCAGAUUGUACAUGGCUGGAAUCAAGAGCGUUGAUGACACCUUGCUCUUCUCCAUUGCAAACCAUAUGCCUCAUCUUAAAAAUAUCUCACUCAAAAGCUGCGUUGGUACAGUCGCAGACCAGGUGACGGAUAACGGUGUUGUUGAACUGACAAGAUGCUGCCCUCUGGAGGAUAUCUGCCUUGCUGGAAUCCAUAGCAUCACCGAUAAGAGUGUUUUUGCUCUGGCUAACAACUGCCCUGACCUCAAGACUCUCUUUGUAUCAGGAUGCACUAAGGUCACAACGCAAGCAACAAAUUACUUACAGGAUGUGUGUAAUGACAAAGUGUAUGUCUACCAUCGCCUUCCUAAUGCUGAUCCAAACCUCGUCAUGGCCAAGAAUCUUGAUACAGGUGAAUUCUGCCAGGUUGAUCAGACAAAAUGGACUAUGUGGUAACCAUGACAACGUUAUUUAGGUAUUUUAAUGUCUUUCUCAUGUCAUCCAAGAUCUGGGGAAAUAUGGGAAGCAUUUCAUGAAGCAUCUUGUCAGUGAGUUUUACUUAACUAAUAACGUCUUCACACACGACUCGGCUCAAGUGUUGAAUCCUCAAGCAGGGUCGAACGCUGCGAAGAGGGUUAGUGUGAUUGCGUUUAUACUGAAACAAAAAAGGCGAGUUCGAAACGGCCCACAGAUUGUAAAAGGUAGUAGAAUAUAUGUCACAAGUAUGCCGUGUUUGAUCGAGGUCAUGCGGGUUCGACACGGCUUUCUGUCUACAAAAAAAAAAGAAAUAGGCGAGUCUGCCUCGGCUUGCGGGUUGAACCCUACGAUUUUGGCGGGUCAAAAAAGCAGUGUUCCACACGGCGCCCGGAUCACACUGAUCGCGUUUACACAGCAUAAAAUUUGCCGUGUUGAGCACGACUCGCGUGUCAAACCCA